GUGAGUUUCGUGUCUGGCUUCCAGGCACCGAGCAAAGUGUAAACCAAAAAUAUUGUAGCCUGUUUCCUCCUUUUUGCAAAACUCAUACUCCUGCUGAUAGAGACACGGACACGGUGCGAAUGGCCCAUUCGAGCCAAAUUAGUGAAACGAAACAAAUGCAUGCUAGUUGAAGAAAAAAAUCAAGUUUCAAACGAAAUCAUAAGUAAAGAAAAUCGAGCUGUUGAAGUUUUUUGUAGAGAUGCUAAAAAGUGAAAACGCCAAGUGUAUGUGUUUGUAAUUGUUCGUUCCAAUGUGUAUGGGGAGAAAGAGCAAUGAGCAUUAAGAAUUUGAAAAGUGAAUCGUAAAAAAGUUAUCGUUAUUGUGGGUAAAAGUUAGAAAAAAACAACAAAUUAAAAACUGCUAAUUAAAACCAAAAAAAAGAACCCCGGUAGAACUUCAUUGAUGUGCGUGUAAGUAAAAUGGCCUCAUCUCCCACGCCAUCGCUAGAAUCGUUACCCGGUGCAUCAAACUCGAUUGGAUCGUACGGUGAACCAACGGACUAUCUUUCGGACUCGCCCCUGACCACACUGAGUGGUUCCGGUACCGGUUCGUCGCCCCCGGCCAGUGAUUCUGCCAUCUGUGACGAUUACGUGACCGCUUCGAGCUUGGAGUCGGCCCAGUCCAACAGCUCCGAGUCCCUGUUUCCGCGUUGCACCGGCUGCAAGAGCAAACAGUCGGAUGCAGUAGCCAAGUGUAUUGAUUGUGUAAACUUCCUGUGUGCGAACUGUGUUACGGCCCAUCAGUUUAUGCACUGCUUCGACGGACAUUCGGUGUUUCGCAUUGGGAAUUCAUCUGGGAGCGUGGGGUCAACGACCGGUACGACGACGACGACGAUUGCCAACGGUGGUGGAUUGGGCCUUCUGGACGGAAGUCUUCUCUCGAACAACAUUCUGAACAGCAGCAAAAUGAUGAAUGGAUUUGACGUUGCCCCCCAUCGUUUGACCUCGUUGAAUCUGACGAUUAAGGACGACACUAGCAAUCUGGUGAAAUCAAUCAUGAACAAUGUGAUAACGCCACCGACUUCGAAUGGGAACGGUAGUGGCGGAAGUGGUGCCGGAAAUCUAGCCGUUACCACAGUCAAUCAACUCAACAGUCAGCUAUCGGCACUUAACGUCACCGGAGAAGGAAUGAAUGGACAAAACAAGCCAAACUAUUUCUGCAAACGCCACACCAACGAACUGCUCAAGUUUUUCUGCAGAACCUGCAGCACUCCUGUUUGUAAAGACUGCAUGCUAAUCGAACACCCGAGUGGAGUACAUGAGUGCGAACACAAUCCGGACACGACCCCGAAACAGAUCGAAAGUCUUCUUCACACCGUCAGCGAAGUUCGCGCCAAGGCCACCGAGCUGCGAACGCUGAUCAAAAAUGUUGAACACAGUUCCCAACGUAUCCAGGUGCAAUAUCAUAAGGCUCAGAACGAAAUCACCGACACCCAUCAGUUCUACCGCUCGAUGUUGGACGAGCGCAAAGCAGAGCUACUCAAGGAACUGGAGAACUUCUACAACACGAAAAAUAUGUCCCAAUCGGUGCUGCUGACCAAGAGCCAGGAUCAAGUUGACAAGGUAUUGCAGAGCUGCGAGUUUGUCGAACGCCUUAGUAAAUGUGCCGGCCUAGCGGAGACAAUCAUGUUACGAAAGUUUAUGGAAAACAAACUGCUACUCUUCCCGGCUAUCACGCAAGAUCUGCAAUCCUCCUACGAGCUGGAAUUUGUGUCGAACUAUCAGGCGAUUCAGGUUGGUGUGCGAAACACUUUCGGCUACAUCCGAUCCAAUUCAGACAUGACAUCUACGACGAAGCAACCACCGAUCGCUCGGCCUACAUCGACAAACCAGAACGGAAACAACGGAAUAAUCGGCUCCAACAAUCUCAUCAUGACCAAUGGCAACAGCCCAUCGAGCAGCACUGGCAGUCUGAAUCUGAUCCAGCAGAACCCCCUCAUGGUGAACGGAGGUCUCAAUGGCCACCUCAACGAUCGCCCGUUCUCCGGAAACAACGGCAACAAUGUCAACGGUAUCAACAUGUCCACUUCUCCAUCGCAAAACAACGGCGGCUUGUCGUCCUUCGAUUCGAACAUAAUCUCGAAGCGCUUCAACAGCGCCAACAGCCUGGGACCAUUCGUGGGCGAAGUCCAACCGCUACAGCCCCUGAACCCCUACGAAAAAUGGAGCAACGGUGGAACUGAUAUUUUCAAUAAUAUCAACGAUCAAUACACCAUUCCGCUGAACCACAUACCCCAGGAAUCGAUGAUCGACCUCAGCUCCAAGCUGAUGAACACGACAAUCUUCCCACCGAAGUCGCAAAUCAAGCGACAGAAGAUGAUCUACCACUGCAAAUUUGGUGAGUUCGGUGUCAUGGAAGGACAGUUUACUGAACCCAGUGGCGUGGCUGUGAAUGCUCAAAAUGACAUCAUCGUUGCCGAUACCAACAAUCAUCGGAUUCAGAUCUUCGACAAGGAAGGCCGGUUCAAGUUCCAGUUCGGCGAAUGUGGCAAACGUGACGGACAGCUGCUGUACCCGAAUCGAGUCGCCGUGGUGCGAACUUCCGGGGACAUCAUCGUAACGGAAAGGUCACCGACCCACCAGAUCCAAAUCUACAACCAAUACGGACAGUUUGUGCGGAAGUUCGGUGCAAAUAUCCUGCAGCAUCCUCGCGGAGUCACAGUCGACAGCAAGGGUCGCAUAGUGGUGGUAGAGUGCAAAGUUAUGCGGGUCAUUAUCUUCGACCAGUCGGGUAAUGUGCUUCAGAAGUUCGGAUGCAGCAAACACCUGGAGUUCCCGAACGGCGUGGUUGUGAAUGACAAACAGGAAAUUUUCAUCAGCGACAACCGGGCACAUUGCGUCAAGGUGUUCAACUACGAGGGCCAGUUCCUGCGGCAGAUCGGAGGCGAAGGCAUCACCAACUACCCGAUCGGAGUCGGCAUCAACGCUAGCGGUGAAAUCCUCAUUGCAGACAAUCACAACAACUUCAACCUGACCAUCUUCACCCAGGACGGGCAGCUAGUUUCGGCCCUGGAGAGCAAGGUCAAACACGCCCAGUGCUUCGAUGUGGCCCUGAUGGACGACGGCAGCGUGGUGUUGGCCAGCAAAGACUACCGAUUAUACAUCUACCGGUACAUCCAGGUGCCGCCGAUCGGCUUGUAAAGGGGCGAGAAUCUGCCACCAAGGCAGACCGAAUCCCGGCGAAAUUCUUUCGCCACCGCCCGGAGGAGCAGAAAUAUGACGACGACCUGUAGCAAACGUAGUGAUUGAACACGACGAUGCCAACAAUCAGUGUGUGUGCGCUUGAUUUGAAGAGAUUCAAUCCCCCACGCACAUUUUUUUCCUCUGCUUCACUUGAACCUGAAUUGUGAUUGCCCGCCGAAUUUGUUGAAAAACAUGAAAAAACAUUCUAGUCCUAGCAACGCUACUGACUGGUUUCCCCCAGUGUUCGAUUCCCGGCUGCCGCAGGAUAAUUUUAUGUGCGUGCUGUUAGCAACAAGAGACGCAACAAAGAACACAAACCUAUAUGAACGCGGAAAACCAAAACUGAAUACUAAGAAAUCCGGAACGAGACGCCUAGAACGAGAAGAGACGGUUUAAUACUGGUUAUAAGCCAAGCGCCGACGACCUAUCAACAACAACAACAGACGCAAGAACAACAACAAACGAUCGGCCAAGAACGGAGACGAUGAACUCCUUCUGCCGGAGACUAGUGGGGUUGAAGUUGUGUGUGCGUAUUGCGUUUGAAACAAACCGGAAGAACCAGAACUGGAAUUUGAGCGCGCGCUCGCUCGCUGGAUUGGUGUUCAGGGAAGUUUUUUCUGUUUCGUUUCGUUUGUUCUGAGUGUACUUUGCUGUGGCCAUCCAAUUGGCGUUGACCGCAUGCAGAUCAAAUAUCUGAGGGCGACUGUGCUAGCUUUGGUUGCCUGUUUGGGACAACACGUUUUCGACAGCUUCAAGAAGGCGGCAAAGUAGAACGACCCCGGCGAAACGAAGCAAUGUGUGUUAUCAAUCUGGCCGUUUUCGUUCCGGGGGACUUCCAGCUGUUUCCAUCAGCCGGAGGCAGAUGAAGACGAAGGAACGAGAAUAACGACGGAGGAAACUGCAAACAACAGAGGAGAGUGAACACAAAAAAAAACUGUGUAACGAGCACAUCAACGUCAAUCGGAACAACAACGGGGAAACCGGAGUCAAGUAAGAACUUUUUUUCCUGUGCACACACUCUCUCUGUCUCUGAUAAGAAAGUUAGCAGAGCGUUUGAUGGUGGGAAAAGUCGCACAUUAUUCUGUGUAUUCCGGCUUCGACUCCACUGGCUCUGGUAGCAAUUUAGUUGGAGGAAGCAUGUGUUCGAGGCGAAAUAGGAGAAAAAAAUACGCAAGAGAUUACGACUCUUUCUAGCAUUCUAGCAUUACAGUUAGGUACCUGCUACUAUUAUUACCAAGUGUUGUUGUAGGAUCAGGAAGAAGGGCUGGGGAAAACACACACAAACCCAUACAUACUGAUUUUUGUCAUAUCAAAGUAUCGUGUUCGGUGAUUGAAAGGUAGAAAUCACACGCGCAGAUAAAAAAAAACUGGAAACAAACAUCAUAAAAGAACUGUUUAACGUAGCUACAAUCUGGCACUAGCGCCAUCUUUUUGAAGGACUGCGUACUUCCGAUGCCGCAACCAGUCGUUUUCGAAGUGAAAAGAAAAACGUCUCGACUGGCGGCAUUCUACUAAUUACGUUUUAUUGAAGUGAAGAGGAAAAAAAACAAACAAACAAACUACUAUGACUUUCUAUUAGUUAUUGUGUAAUAUGCAAAUCGAUUUGACUUCUUUAACGACUGAACUGAAUUGUUAUUGCAUUGUGGAUAAAUAGGCGUAUUAGUGUGAAAUCGAGGUUACACGAGUAGGACGUAAGAAGCAGGAGUGAUUUUUAACGCGUAAGCUAGUACACACACAUACACACUGAAAAAAAAAACACAAACACACUUACGGACGCCGGCCCUGAUUAUUGUAUAUCCAAUGGUCAGGAAUCGGGUCCGGUUUGUAAAUGGUUGAACAUACUGUAACUUAACGAUAUUCCACGUGGAGGAUGCAAGCAAAUCAGCGUGUUUUUUAUUACAAUUUUUAUUAUCAUAUUAUUAUUAUGAUUAUUAUUAUCAUUAUUGCUAUCAUCAGGGUAUAUCUUCGUUCACAACUGAAAGAAAAAACAAAACAAGGAGCACACAAAUUUAUUAAGCGAUACAAUACACCCAAAACACACACACGCGUUUAGUUAAGAGUCACAAUAUUUGAAUUUUAGUGAGACAGAGAAAAAAAAACCGAGAGAGCGAGAGUUACAACAAAUUGUGUUUUUGUUGUUCGAAUUAGUUUUAACUAUGGGUGCCGGCGUCGUUUUUUUCCGCAGUAAAAGGAGUCGGCACCCGCCAAAUCCUAUAAGACUUUCCAAAUGGAGACGAGGAACAUCCCGGGCCGGGAACGGUGCUGCCAUCCCGAAACCAGACUCCCUAUAAAUCCGGAAAUUACCUUCCAUCAGGACAAUUUCCAUUGGUAGGAAGCCUUGUGCUCACUUAACUAGUUAAAAUAGACAAGAAAGGGUGCAGCACCGUUCACGGAAAUUCCAUGGGAUUUUCGUACUCGCUCCGUAUAUUUCUAAACACUGCUAUCUAAGUCGUUCGGGUUGCGGCCACGGAUCAAAUUCCGCGGAUCGCUUCCCGAAAACCCACACGAAUGUUUCUAUUACUCGAAAGAAGAAGACGGAGAAACCUACUUUAUGUUGAUAAUAUGUCUUAGAGAGUAGUUUUUUAAGGCGAGAUCGAACGAGAAAUGAAAAAUAAUCUAUUACUUAAUUGGUGAUAAUUCCCAAAAUUUAAACCUAAAAGAAACAAAAUCAGAAAACCGACAAUUGGAUCAAUGAAUUAGUAGGGCAAAACACUCACAUACAUACAUGAAUGAAAAACAAAAACUAAACACACACACGCGCGCGCAAGCGAAACAAUUAGGCAUUUAAUAGAUAUAUUUAAAAGAAAAUAUUUAGAUAAAUUGUUGAACUGUUUUUUAGCGUUUUACGAUAAACCAAAAUUUAUCCCGAAUGAUAAACAGAGAGAAGCAAAACACGAAGCACAGAACCACUUUCAUUCGAUCGAGGAACGGCGACGAGAGAGCGCCAAGCCGAGAGAGAAAAAUUUGAGCAAAUCAUGCAGAAAAGAGUAGAGUUAGGCAUCUUAAAAGUUUUCACGCACGUUUCCUACGCUCUCAAUUUUUUGUUUGGAUCCCAAAGCGAUUUGUGAGCGAUUUUAGCUAGUUUUUUUCUGUUAAAUCAAAUGAUCAAACUUAAUUUCAACCAUGCUAAUUUUGUUUCGUUUUUUAAACACUCUCUUUUUCUCUGUAUGUGUGUGUUCGUUACUUUUUUUUAAAUUUCUCACCUAGGUAUUUAUUAAAACGAGAAAGCGCUAAAUUAUUGAACUGAAACCUAAACAUGGUCCUUCGAUGUCGGGAUGUUGAACCGGAAACCCACUGUAGUAGCUACUGAAAGACGAAGGGACUCCGACGACGUAUUUAGACAUACACACACACACUCACUUUCGAGACCAAGGAGCAGACUACAACCGAACUCAAAGGGGUGUUCUUUGUUUGUUUAUUUUUUGUAUCCCCGCCUCCCCUAACUUUGUGACUAUUAUCAAUCGAUACAGUGCAGUAUUACUGAUUUUUUGUUUUUGUUUUCCGAUUUUUUUUAUUAUUAUUUUUGCUCGAUUAGAUUUAAGCCGAAGGAGUGAUCCUUUCUUUUAGCGUGUAUUGUAACUAUUGUGCGGUAGGAAGUUUUUUUUUAUUAUUAUUAUAUUGUGUCGUAGUCGCGUGCUCUAGCUUUUUUUUUAUUAUUAUUGUAUUAAAACAACUACGGAUACUAUACAUUCGGACACGAAAGGAACGCUUCUGUAGAAAGUAUCUCGUUAUUGUGUAAGUCAGUUUUUAGACCGGUCGUGUCUGUAUAUGAUCUAUAUUUCUCUCUGUGUGUGUUUUUUGAUAACUACUCACUAUUACCUAGCAGAUAGUCGUCUCUUUUUAGUUAUCUCAUUUUUAUUAUUAUUGUAUGUUUAUAUAUAAACUAUUAUUAUUUGAUAUAUUAUUAUUGCAUUUAGAAAACGACACUUUUUUAAAUUAAUAUUAUACACCUUUGUUGGUUAUGUUGAUUUUUGUUUUGUUAAAUUAUUACACCUAAGUUUUUGAGUUUAACAAGUUUUGAGAUAAAAGAAGCCACAUUUAUACGCCUAGAACAGUGUCUGCAGAACAACAGCAACAGAAACAAAAACUGAAACGAAACCCAUAAGCGUGUAAUAAAAUAGGCAGAAUGCAAUUGUAUAUUUUUUUAAAUCAAGAAAAGCAACGAAAUUUGAGCAAACUCUUUUUUUCGUAUUAAGCUGUGUAAUGAAAGGCACCAGGAAACCCCAAUCUUCCCUAAAAUACACUCUUGGAAUCGGAUCAAGAUACAUAGAGAUGAUGUUUCUUUUGAUUUGUUUGGGGUUUGCAAAGAAACAAAGAAAUCUACAAAUGCACUUAAAGACAAAACAAAAUUUUGAAAUCAAACCAAGCUAGGAGACCAACUGGGCCCCCAAACUGAAAAAAGAAUCCAUGUGAACCGGUUUUGGAUAAAAGAGAAAAUAAAUUGCAAGAAAUCGAAACUGCCAGCACUUUCUCCAGGCUGGUACACAUUGAAUCUUUUUUUCCCUGAAUUUGAAUUCACACAAAUUUUGUUUUAAUUUUUAUAGGAAUAAAAUAGACGUUACUUACUUUUUGAUUAUUUUUAAAUUAUAUACUAUUCGAUGAUUUAUUAACAAAAUGAUUGAAAAAAAAAACAAAAAAAAAAUAAAAGAAUGAGUUGUUUAGAUAAAUUUAAA